UAAGAAUAUUAACAGCAUGAUUUCUUCUAGCUACGUUGGCCAACAUGAGAAAACACAACCCAUGGAUGAGGACUCUGAGCAAGAUAAGAAGCAGCAAGCUGAGUCUCGAAAGCCACAACCAUCAUCUUCUAGGCAACCAUCUAUGAUUGACAGCUCCUUCUCUUCUAAUGCAACUGGCUUAGUGCAAGCAUCAUCUCCUUCCAAUUAUGAUAAAUUGUGCCUGUCCCUUUUGUGUGGUCUUCCCAAUGAGCAGGAGUUGGCCCUCAAUGUUUGCACCAUUCUCUCCAAUGAGGGAUCUUAUAUGCUUCAGCUGGAGCAAGCACCCAAGUUAGUUGACCUACUCAUUGCUCAAACAGGAGUUUGGCGAUUAGAUGAUGAUUCUACGAAACUCAUGUAUUUAGAGAGUUGGCAGAACUUGGAGGGUCGAAAAAUGUGCCAAUUCUGGCAAAGCACUUUAGAUGUGAAAUUUGAAACGCUUUUGCAGUUAUUGGGAUUUACAAUAGGGGAGUAUGAAUCUUAUCGAGACCUUUUCAAUGUUGAAAAUGAGUUGGGCUCCUUGAAUGCUGAAGGGCAAAGAGUGCUGCGGGUUGCUUUGAUUCUGCAUAAUUUAUCAUUUGAAAAGAACAAUGUUCCUGUUUUAGUUCAGAGCAAUACAUUUUUAAGGUUUCUUUUACUUUCAAUUAACUCAUCGUGGUCCAAUCUUAAGCAAACAGCCUAUGACACACUGUCUAAUGUUGCAUCUGCUGUCAAGUUAUCGAUCGAGAAAGAUGCUUGUUCUCGUUUAUUGUUCCAAGCUGUUACUGACGGAAUACAGUCGUACGAUCGCUUCUUUGCUAUUAGAUCGAUGGAUAUCCUCUCUCAAUUGUGUAGCUGUGAUCCUAAUGAAGAUGUCAUACCAUCAAGAUUAGACAUUGAGGUUUAUCAGCAGCUGGUAUUCUACUUAACAGCCCAUGAUAUAAUGUUGUUGUUUUAUACUUUGGAGGCUCUCUAUGCAUUGUCAGAUCUUGGACGCUACCCUUGUGAUAGAAUUGCAUGUGUUCAUGGCUCAAUAGGUACAUCAUCUUUAUAUUUGAUUGAUUUAGUUGUUUUAAUCUAUUACUUAUCUUUAUCAAGGUUGCCACUCCACAGGGAGAACAGGAAAAAUCUGAAAAGUACAGGGAAUUUAAAAAUCGGCUAAAAUAACAGGGAACUU